GGCAGCUGUGGUAACAGUACAGUGCCCGGGGGCAGCAUUGUCUGCAGUGUGGCGCAGGGGGCAGUGUGUCUACUGUACGAAGUGUUUGGGGCACCUGUGUCUACAGCAUGGGGGGCGACGUGGGCAGUAUGGGGUAAGCUAUGUAUACAGCAUGGGGGGUGCUAGCAGGGCCAGCUCUACCAUUAUACAGCUUUAGGCGGCUGCCUAGGGGCACCAGCCACUGCAGGGCACCACUGAAUUCAUCUAGCUAAAAAUUGAAGGAUGUCUCUGAAUGCAGGCGGCGGCAGCUGCUGCUGAGCGGCCCGGAAGAUGCUGCAGGAGGUGGCUCGGUCUGCCCGGCCCGGGCCUCGCUGAGAGACCUCCGGAGGGAGGGAGGAGUGGAGGAGGCGGGCAGAGCCAGGCCGGGAGGCGGUGUCUACGUGUAUCCCAGCAGCAGCAGCAGGAGGCAGCGGGGAUCUGCCGGGUGUGUCCCGUUAUCUCCCCCCGGGGCACCAUGGUGGAGAAGCAGCGCUGCCCCCUGCAGAGGGACGGCGUGUACCGCUGGUUCUCCGAGCUCACCUCCUCCCAGCGCAUCGAGUUCCUGUGCGGCCUGCUGGACCUGUGCAUCCCGCUGGAGCUGCGCUUCCUGGGCUCCUGCCUGGAGGACCUGGCCCGCAAGGACUACCACUCGCUGCGGGACUCCGAGAUCAAGGCCAACAACCCGGCCGACCUGGCCAGCCUCACCAACCUGACGGACGAGGUGGUGCGGAGCAAGCUGCUGCUGUCACUGGCCCUGCUGGCUUCCGAUAACCGGGAGGCGGCGGGCGUCCUGUGCCGGACCCUCACCCACAUCGACUCCAUCAUCAACAACCUGGGCCUCCAGCUGAACGACGGGCGCACCGGGGACGAGUUCCUGCUGCUCUUCACCAUGGCCACCAUCCACCCGGCAUUCAGCUUCCACCAGAAGCAGCUGCUGAGGAAGGAGCUGUCCCACAUCCAAGGCCGGCACCCCAGCAGCAGCAGCCACAGCCAGGGCUGCUGCCCCUCCAAGCUGACUCCAAGAACAGAGAACCCUAUAAGCAGCGUCGGUAACAGCUUAGCAAAUGCACUACACAUAUCAGCACAUUCCAUAGAAGAUUCGUUACCCAAGCGGCCUUCCGGAAAGCACUCCAAAGUGAAUGUUGAAAAAAUUGAAAUAAAAGUGUUGACGCACAAGAAGGAGAAGAAUGCAGACUGCUGUUUUGAGGUAAUUUGGUCUGAUUCCUCUGUGUCCUUAAUAACGAAGUCUUCUGCCGAAGUUACAGAGCUAAUUUCUAAGCUCUCCCAUCUGUUCUCAGACGAUUUUGAGAAAUGCAUUCCUUACCGUGGAGGCGUGGACUCCUAUUCCAUGGAUAGGAACCAUGUGGACCUUGAUUUAGAUCUCCGAUGUUUGGCGUCUCUGCCCCCGCAAGUAUUAAAGAGUGACCUUAUCAAGAAGUUCUUCAGCAAUUCAACAAACCAUCAACAGCAUCAGAACUUGAGCCUUGGCAAUCCAUGCCAUGUUAAAGUAAACACUCCCGUGGGCCCAUCUAUAAGGCCAAUAUGUGGUGUGGCCGGUAUCCAGUCUUCCCACAAUAACAUGGUAUUGCACCACAGUGGGGCAACGAUGACAAUGUCCCCAUGUUCCAGUUCAUCCUCAAUAACAUAUCGGCCCCAAGUGGAGGCCAACUCCUCUGCUGUCAUCUCCUCCAGCGUGCCAAGCCCACAGACCCAAGAGCAGCAGGACAUACUGGAAUGGCUCCGGAAAUUACGCCUUCACAAAUACUACGCAGUAUUCAGUCAGCUGUCCAUGAAAAAGUUUUUGAGUCUCACCGAGGAAGAUUUGAAUAAAUUCGAAUCACUAACAAUGGGAGCGAAGAAGAAGCUGAAGACUCAGCUGGAACUGGAGAAAGAGAAGUCUGAGAAAAGGUGUCUGAACCCAACACCAUGUACGUUCACUAGUGGCGGCGUUGCCAGAGUUCCCCCUACUAGUCAUGUGGGUCCUGUCCAAAAUGUACACUGCAACCACGCUACAGAACUGUGUGUAGCUGUAGAACCCAGAUCUUCUCAGAUGCCUCAAGAAGGCAGCUCGAUGUCCGAGUACUCCAGCUCCCCCUCCAGUCCGAUGGGAAUCCAGAUGCGAGAAGAGAGCUCCGAUAGUGCGGAAGAAAUGGACAGACGUCUCGGAAGACACAUGGAUUGCUCAGAGAGAGAUAAGUCUGUCUUGUUGGUGAAUCACUUCACGUCAAGUUCGGUUCGCCCAACCGCUCAGGUUUUACCUGUUCAAAAUGACAGCGGAUCUGGCCCAUCAGGCCACCACCCACUGCCCUUUCACAUCCUAGCCGGGGGACCCUCUCACAUGUCUCCAAUCCACAUGGUGAACACGUUGCACAAAUUGGACAGAACCAGUGGCGAGAUAAAGCUGCUACAGUCCUCCACACACGCACAUCUCUCUUCGGAAGAGCGGAGUAAAGCUUCGUCUGGACCCAGAGGUGGCAUUAAAAUAGAAAAAAGUUUUGGCAAUGUGCUUUUGGAUGUCAAGGCCUCAUCAAGUUCGCUACAGUCUGGUCCUGUAAUCUCUAUAAUGCCUGAUAGCGGCUCCAUGCAACAGACUGUUAGCUUUGGUGUUAGAGCCAAAGUAGGAAACUCCGUAACUGGGGAGAGGACAAUAAAGCAACCAGCGCUUAUGGUGGAGAACAGCACUCCCGCCACCAUGGCAUCCACUCCGGUCUUCCCCGUGACUCCCACACCUGUAAAACUUAUUGUGUCCUCAUCGGAUUCUUCUGUGGUCGGACAGCUGGCGUGUACUAGUGUCUCCCCGGCAAUAAUAAACCCCAGGAAUGUUCAUUAUACAGCUAAUACCAAAGUUGCCUUUUCUGCUAUGAGUGGUAUGCCUGUAACCCAACUGCCAGGCAACUUCUGUACGAACAGCAAUGCUUCUUCCAGUAACCACGCCUCUACAUCCUAUACCAAUGUGGCAAAUGGCGCGAGUUGCCCGGUGCCCAGUUCAAGCCCUACUAUCUCCCCCACCUCUGACGGCAGUUUUUACAGCUGCGGUGGUAACACGCCAACCGUGAAUAUUCAAAUUUCCAACCAGACUCCUAGCCAUCACCAUAUACACCACCACCACCAGCAGCAGCAGACAGGGUGUACGGUUUGUAGCUCAUGCGGCUGCAGUGGUAGCUGUGGGUCAGGUGGCGUGGCUGUCAAUUACGGCAACUAUUUUCAGCAUCAAUUCUCCGCACCCUCAAUGUUCCCAUUUUCCCUCAUGCCCUUUAGCGCAAUGUGCAAUAACGGGUACAUCAAUACCCAGCAAUACAACAACAGCGCCACGUUUCCUGUGGUCCACACACCGUACAAUAGCAGCCUGAACCCAGACGCCAUGCUCUCGGGACAGCCUAGCUUCUCUUUGCCUCCGAUGCAGAACUUUAUGACCGGCACGGCGGGGGUGUACCAGCCUCAGGGGAUCAUGGGAACCAUUAAUGGCACAGCUCACAAAAAGAGUGGGAACAUUUCAUGUUAUAAUUGUGGGGUCAGUGGCCACCGAGCUCAGGAUUGCAAGCAGCCGUCAAUGGACUUUAAUCAGCAAGGUAAAGUCUUCACAGGUACUUUCCGUCUUAAAUACGCCCCGCCACCAGACUGCUUGGACUCUGCAGAUUGACCCUCCGGACACUUUGAUUUAAAGAAGAUGUGCCCCAGUCUGAUUGGCUGGCGGCCGGUAGAUGUACGUCACGUAUAAAGGUGCUUUAGUUUUACCCAGGCUGAACUGACAUAGCUACAAUGUUUCUCUUUUUGCCAAACUGCUUCAAAGGAUAUCCUCUGAUUUUCCCUACAACAUGAUGAGCCUGGCCAGAGUAAACCUCAUGUUUUGUAGAUGGUAAAGAAAGACUGUUACUGACAUAGGAUUUUUUUUUUUAUAUCAAUAUAUAAACCUUAAAGGGCAGCUACAAUAAAUGUCCGGGUAAAGUUGGAGAGGUAAUUAAUCCUGAGAUUUAUGCGCUGAACGCAAAGUGCGCUACAUGACAUGAGAACUUGUCGGGAAGUAAUCACUUGGAUUCUCCGUAGAUUGCACUAGGGAAAAUGGAUCAUCAUUUCUGGAAACUUUGUAGGACUUUUAAAUGACUUUGCAUCAAAAACAUUGGCUAGCUCAGAAACUCUGCGGAACCGUUAUCGAGCUACGUAUUUUCCA